AUGGCCUUCAUGAACAACUCUAAACAGACUUACAACAAGAGACAGAAUGAGAAGCUGGAAUAUGCAAGUUCCGGAUUCUUGUCUCCUCUGUCUUGCUGGGACAGAAUCAAGGGAUCACUUAUACUUCCAAUGCUCUUACUCCAAGGUCUUAUGAAUAUGGAGGAAUAUAUGUCGAUAUUUGGUUUUCUUAUACUGUUGCCCUUGGUCAUUAGGGUUCAAGGAGGUAUUAACAUUGACGUAAACCAAGAAGCAAGUUUCGAUGAGAACUAUGUCGUUACAUGGGGACAAGAUCAUGUCUCGAAACUCAACCAAAACAAAGAAGUUCAGCUCUCCAUGGAUCACAAUUCAGGUUCUGGUUUUGAAUCCAAAAACCACUACGGGUCAGGAUUCUUUCAAAUGAGAAUCAAAUUGCCGCAAAAAAAUUCUGCCGGCAUCGUAAUCGCUUUCUAUCUUACUUCAAAGGGAAACAUCCAAGAUGAAGUUGACUUUGAGUUCUUGGGGAACAGAGAAGGGAAACCAAUAACAAUACAGACCAAUGUGUUCACCAAAGGUCAAGGAAAUAGAGAACAAAGAUUUGUUCUUUGGUUUGAUCCCACUGAAGAUUUUCAUGCCUAUGGAAUUCUUUGGAACCCAUACCAUAUUGUGUUUUACAUAGACAAUAUUCCAAUAAGAGUGUUCAAAAACAACACGAAAGGCAUAAGCUACCCAUCAAAACCCAUGCAAGUGGUGAGCAGCUUAUGGAACGGCGAGGCAUGGGCAACCGAAGGUGGAAAGGCUAAGAUCAAUUGGUCUUAUGCUCUUAAAAAGAGCUUGGGCAUUGGUGCCCAUUUUCAAGGCUUUUCUGAGUCUGGUUGUCACGUGGAUGGUCUCAAUGUUUGUGGAUCAUCAACAUACUGGUGGAACACCGGAAAAUAUGUUGGACUACGCGUUUCCGAGCAGAAGGCUUACGAAAAUGCAAAAGCCAAGUAUAUGAAUUAUGACUAUUGUUCGGAUCAUACUAGAUUUUCUGUUCUUCCUGAUGAAUGUCAGUGGAAUUAG